AUGGUGUAUAAAAGGCAAGCACAACUGCUGAUAUCCACCAAAACAACCAAAUAUGAGGCCAUAUAUAUAUCAAUAAUUAGUGUUGUGUGCUGGGCAACUCUUCUCAAAGUUAAUGCACUGAAUAUCACCGAAUGCGACUCAUAUGAAGGAUACAAAAACAACACUAGGCUAAAUUGUAGCUAUAGUGUAAUAUGGUGUGAUGGUAACUAUUCGAUGUUCUGUUCUGAAGAAGAUGUGUGUGAUGAGAGCUUCAACUGCAGUACAGAGCAAAUCGAAGAGAGCUCCACUACGAGCCCUGCUGCAAAUGCGGAUAUAGAUAUUACAGAAGCUUGCACAAAGGGUAUGACCCAGAAAUUUGUUUACCCACACAACUGCAACUAUUAUUACUAUUGUAUUGAUGGCUUUUUACUUGUGGGGCAAUGUCCUUUAGGAUAUGUUUUUAAUACUGAAAAUCAAGUCUGUAGUGGCAGCAUUACGGAUAUAAAUGGUUGUGUGCUGACGUAG